AACUGCAGAUCCACUGCUCUUCAGCUUUAUGUAGAAGUGCAGGAAGUGCUCCUGAGCCCUGCUUUCCCAUUCACUUCACCCCGAGACCUUUUUUGUGUUGUUAAUUGGAAUAUUUAGCAUGACAUGUUACCCUUCUUUCUGGGAGAAUCCUCACUUGGAGUGCUGUGAGUUAGUGAUUUUUCUUUCUUCGCUCAAGACUCAGUGCUGAUCAAGUUCUAAGAAGGGGACUGCCUGCAUGUGCUCGACCCCUAAACAAAAAAACUCAAACAUUUUUAGGGUCCAAGCUAAGCAAGCAGCCAAAGUGGAAAGAAGAAGGCGCGGAAAAGAAAUUAAAAGUACUUUUUGAGGUGUACAAUGGAUCUCCCUUCAUUUAGAGGUUUAUCAGAUGUCCCAUGAUAGGUGUAAGCCUUGUAUCCAAGUCGCUCUCCUAGCAGCCCUUGUGACAUGAUGGAUUCAGCACCUCCUCUCAGGAUGGACCACGAUGCCUUGGACCUCCAGCAGGUCUCAGUGCUAUCCAUUGAUCAGAUCAGAGCGAUAAGGGCUAGCAAUGACUAUGUGGAGCGCCCAGUCACGCUAGACCCUGCCUCUCAGGUGGGCAUCUUCUAUACGCACGAUGAGCGUCAUCAGAUGCCACGCAGUCAGAGUCAACACCAACAUGCUCAUCUGGCUCAUCUAAGUCGUUCUAGCACUAUUAGCUCUAUGUCCCGUGGCAGUGCUGCAUCGGAUCAGAGACUACUUUCAGGAUUUACAUCUUCCCAUUCUGGCUUGGCAACAGUGGUGCGUUCCCAACCCAAGGGUGACCUGAAACCAGACUCAUUAAGUAAAGGCCUGGCUGACGGAGAUGAUUUAGGCUUGCAUCUUUUCAUUUGCGAACGCUGUAGCCGCUGCAAGUGCCAGGAGUGCUGUGCCCCACGAAGCUUGCCCUCCUGCUGGGCCUGUGGGCAGAGAUGUCUGUGCUCAGCGGAGAAUGCUGUGGAAUAUGGCACCUGCCUAUGCUGCGUCAAGGGUCUGUUUUAUCACUGUUCGGCGGACGAUGAGGACAACUGCGCCGACCGACCCUGCUCUUGCUCUUCGGCUCAUGCCUGCUCUCGCUGGAGCACCAUGGCUAUUCUGUCUCUCUUCCUACCCUGCUUGUGCUGCUACCCUCCUGCCAAGCUGUGCCUCAAUAUGUGCCAGCGUAGCUAUGACCGCGCCACGCGACCCGGCUGCCGCUGCAGCAACACCAACACUGUGUGCCGCAAGAUCUCUGCAACCAAUCCUGCACCUUUUCGUAAGACUCUGGAUAAGCCCGUAUGACACUCAGAUUCUAUCACUGCAUUUUCUCUUCGGCAUUCCUAAGGACCUCUGAUCACGACCACGCUCAAGAACAAUUGCUGAUCUGCACCCAAUCAAUCAGGCCAAGCUGCAUCAAGUCCAAUGGAAACUUCUGAAAAACAAAACAAAACAUCUAUUUAUUUAUUUAUUUAUUUGACUUUCCUGGGUAAAAUACAUAAUGCAGGCCAUAUGCAACCUUCACAGGGAGUAAGCUAUUAUAAAUACUGGUGCUGUGCUGAGUGAAACUUUCAGGCGUGGAAGCCAUGGUGGUCAACGGAGAGUCAAUUGAGAGGGCUGUGUACCUGACGACCAUCCUCAGCCAUACUGCAUGCACAAUCAUUAUGCAAGGCGGCUGACAUUUGAUCACGUUCGGAACUAGAGACACUAGAGUGACAAAGCUCAAACCAAAACCAAAAACACUGACAAUAUGAGUACAAUACAAGUAUUUCAGACACUAAAAAGGGACCAUUCAAGGAAAAUGAAGCUCAUUCAGAAAUGGCGUGUGAAAGCAGGUCACAAGAAAAGCCUUGGGCUCGGGCAUGUGUGGAUUUGAAUGGAUGAACCUGGGAUAUUGAUUGUGUGUUUGUGUGUGUGCAUGCGGAUGUGUACAAAAGACACAUAAAGGUGUACGUGCAUGCGUGUGCAGUCUCAGGCCUGUGUCUGCUGUCAGCAAAAGCAUUCCUUUUUUAUUUUUAGAGAAGCUGUUCUGAAAGACAAAGUGUCUGGUCAGGUUUCCAGCCCAGGGCAGCCUGACGCCAGCCUCUCCCAAGCGCUUUCACAUCCUCGCCAUUCCACCCCCUCCUCUUGCCCGCUGCUCUUUCUGAUAUCAGUAGUGUAAUUCUUCUAAUUCUCCAACUAUGGGACCAAAUGCUGUUCAGUCAUCGUACAUUCCUAAUCAAAAACCUCAGCCAGGAAGUAUAUGACUCGUGUCCUGUUUUUUUCUGCUGCUUUCAGGAUGACAUGCUAUGCCAUUACUUGGAGAACUAUCAAAAUCAAUCUUUAGGAAACGUGUAAGACCACUACGGGCCGGAAAAUAGCACUUCAGCGUGGAGCCUAAACAGCAUAGAAAGCUACCGGGGUGCCCUAUUUACUCCAUAGCCAUAUAUUUCUAAGCACUUUGGACUUAUUGACUGGCUCUUUUUCACUACUGUGUCUGAUCGGCAGGAAGUGAGGGCAUACAAGGGCUUGCCUUGGACGCAGAAACUGUGAACUCCUUUGAGACAAGAGCUUGAUUGCCUGACCAGAAUGAAACCAUACUUGGGAACAAGGUGAAACAGAUGCACUAAUAUCCAAAACUGGGAUGUGAAAGAAAUCAAGUCUGUUUCAAGUGUGUAUUCUGCCCCUUAUAUGCACACUGCUCCUUGAUGUUAAGAGUUCCUUUGCUCUAUUUUUGUAUGUAUGUAGGGUUGUUAUUGUAUUUCUAUUUUUUAUUCUAUUCAGUUAAAUCUGUUUAUUAUUGUUACAAUUAUUUUCUAUUAGCAUUGACAAUUAACUUUAAAUCAAAAGCCUGGCUUCCAACUUACUUCAAGGCUGCCUAUAUGUUAUGGGGGAGAGGUUCUUUGUGGUUACCAUUUCUUUAACAUUACAGUGCUAUGAUCACCCUAUAAUGAUCUACCUUAUAAUAAUUACUGUGUAAUUGGGACUAUUGUUUCACUGUUGCAAAAUUGCAAACCCCUAUGAGUCCAUUUACCCCAUUAGUGACUUGUUCACAUUCUUUCAAGACAAGUAUAAGUUAAAAUUACAUUUAGGUAAAGUACAAAUGUGAUUAAAUGUAACACUCAUUAGACUAGACUUACUCAAAGAAAGCUCUCUAGCAGUGCAAUGUAGGAGUGUCUGAUUUUGGCCUCACAGAGAAUGCUCAUUUUUGAGGUGGCAUGAAUGUUAACCUUUUGAAUAACUAGUCAUUAUUCUCUAAAAAGCAAAACUCUUCUAAAAAAAGCAUUCCAAACUCAGGCAAUGGUUUCAAAUCUUCAAAUAUGCACCUUAAAAAUGGCAUUUUCUGUUUAGAAAGUAAUGUAAAGCCAUAACGGGUGACACCCUUGAAUGAGUCUCAAAAUGUUUUAAGGGUCUUAUGUUUGCCACUCAGUAUUAUUCUGCAAAUCUAGCUGCCUCUAUGUACUACUACAAGUCCAAAAAAUCCAGUAUCCCCAAAGACAUCUCACAAUGUGAAACCAUGAUGAGCAGCCUCUCCUCCAUGGUUUAACCUUGAGAGACAAUCUCUCCAUGUAUGAGUCAUAUUGUAGGGAUGGGUGCAGUAUAUAGGUACAAGCAUUUUACUGAAAUGCCUAAUCGGUGCUGACCGCAGUCCGCAAGUUAACCACUAAAAUUCGCCAUGUUGUGCUCCUAAAUGUCGCUUUGGUACCAUUGGCAUCUUGAGAGUUGUAAAAGAAUUAAAGGAGAGAGAUCUAUACAAAUAAAUAUAUUAUAUAUAAAUAAAAUAUAUAUACAUUUUACACAUUUUGGUUUGUUGCCAAUAUUAUUGACAAUUCACAGAUAUUUAUUUAAAUGGUUGUGAGAAAAGAUAAGUAUUUAUUUAUGGUGAAUGAUGUAAUGAGUUCAACUUUUUGCCUUAAGGCUAAG